AUGGUCGCGAAUGGAACCACGAUAACUUACUGGCCAAUACCUGGAGAAGCAGGUUAUAUAUUUUUAAAAAUCAAAACGGCUCCAGAAAAAUGUCCCGGGUCUAUCUACAACCUCGAAACGGUAUUAUUUUCAUCGAAAACUGCUGUUUUCCUGAUAAUUUCGUGCAGGAUUGGAGCGAAUGGCACUGUGACGACGAAACAUCAUGCGGACUGCACGGAACGAAUUGGCGAUGGAUAUGGAUGCCGUUUUCUAAUUCGAGUCGAAUAGAGUCGGUUUUGAGACUGAAACCAAGGCAAAAUCGAUGCAAAUGAUUCCGUCAAAAAAAGACAAAAAAGUGCUUAUUUUACGAUUUUUAAUCUUUCUGAAGCCUUCUGAAGUUGUGAUGACCUUUAUUCGGAGUCGGAUUUCAGAUUACUUAAAAACAGCUCUAUAGAUUUUCAAAAAGAUUGAACUUCAUACAAAUAAAUUGUGAGCAAAAAAACUAUUGACGGUCAUGUACCAAUAUUCAGUUAUAGUCCAUUCGUUGCAAUUUGACAUUUUUCGAGUGUCUGCGUCUCUCUGUCUUCUCUCCGACGAGAUGAGGGAAACAUGAAAGUUGCACUUCAAUAAGAAAGGAGUUGGUAGAGAAGCCGUUUUGAGUCGCAAAGAAUGGACUACAAACGAGGCUUCUCUGCGCCCUCCACGUCUCUCGGCAGAGCUCUAAUGUCGACUUGCUACUUCCACGUUUCGCUGACCUCGCCGUUGAGGGAACAUACAGACGCAGACACUUAAAAUCUUUAUAAUUUUUUUUAAUCGCGGUAUAUGGACUAUGGACUACAACUAUUUUUCAAAAUUCGUGUUCUCGCUUGGAUGAUACCGAAAUAAAUUUGAAUAAUGCUAGCAAUUAAGGAAUAUUCUCGAGAAAGGAACAGUUUGCGGCCAAAAGCUUUCUUGCCCGACCGAACCGUUUUGUGCCGACGGUUACGUACCCCAAAGUGGUUAUUGUGUUGCCGCUUGAUCAUCAAGAAAUGUUAUCGAAAUGUAUCGAUAAAAUGAUUCCUGUUGGAAUAAGUCUGAUUUUCAAGCAUAUCGGGAAGAUUUGGACAAGAGUUACAGAAGUUUCCGGUGUAUUCCUUCUAUCCAUUGUUGGAGUUGGAAAAUUUCAUUGAAAAAAAAAUUCAAUUCGCUUACUGUAGAAAAAAAACACCGUAAACACAUCACAACUGACACCUGACAUCGCACAUUUUUCGCACUUCCUUCGGUCCUCCGGCCUGCGAACUUAAUUAGAGGCGGAGCCUACAGAUCAGUAUAAAUAGGAGCUCUCCGUUAAUUGGACCACCCGACUUUAUCCAAUCCUCUAGAUCGUCUCGCCUUUUUUUCCGAACGCCCGUACUCAAGAUGAACGCCCCGAUCGACAUCGCCGCCAUUGUCACCAAGAUCGUCGAGAAGGCCCGCCUUCAAGAGCAAUGGACCGCACGACUUCAGAUUCUGAAGACGUGCGGCGACCGUGUUCAAGCCGACUUCGAUAAAUUUGUCUUCUACGUGAGUUUUGAACGAAAUUUCCAGAAUGAAAGUUUCUUUUCAGUUCGACCUAACGCACAAGAUGAGAGGCAAUAACUUCACGAGUACCGACGCCCGAUAUAUGAUCGUGAGCUUUCUUUUUUGAUUAAUAUUUGCUCAACCCAAUCACCGCCAACUACCGAAUCAUUUAGUAACACUUCAAAGACCUUUAUAGCUUGUAAUAGCCUCCCGAAUAACUUUAAUUUUGUCUACAAGUUUCUUAGAAGUCUCUAAAUAUUCCGAAGGUUUUUCAAACAGAAAUUAGUUCAAUUUUGAGACCAUUAAAAAUUUCUGAAGAAUUCAAAUAGUCUUUUAACCCACUUGAACUGCUUGAAGACGUUGAAAUCUUUUCCAGAAAAUCGUCCAGAAGAUCCUAACAACGUUGGACGACGACCUGGCAGUCGUGGAGAAGGAAAUCGUAGACCUGGCCCUUCUUCACCAACGGACCGGCCAGCAAAUUGUCAGAGAGGUCCUGAAAAAGGCGCAUAAAGUUCGUUAUGAGUGCCUUCGCCUCACUGAAGCUUUGUGCCGUUUUCAGCACAAUUGAGAGCUCAAAUUUAACGUGGGUAGACUUCAAUACGCGUCACCCAGGUUCCUGAUUCUGAAAAAAUUCGUUUUGAACAAUUGUAUAAUAUUUGUUUUCAAUAUCAUUGAACACCUUAUUUGAUUGCACCUCCUUCAGCUUCAAGGUAUUUGACCCCUUAUAAAAUCCCGAUUAACAUGUGUUCUGAUCAUUUCAUGACGGUCUCUCAAGAACCAGAUUUAGAAUUUUUUUCAAUACAUCAACUUCAUCAUUAUUAUUUAUUUAUCUAUACUAUUAUAAUACUCGUGAAAAAAUAACUAAUGAACCUUCAAGUUAUUUUCUUCAUCCCGUGGACUUGAUCAUCAAUUUUCUUCUAGCCGAUUUUCGUUCAAUCUUCGUUCAGUUUUUUAAUAUUUGACUAGUGAAGAACAUGUACUUCGAUUUUUUAUUACGGCUCCUCGCUUUAUUCCAGGUCAGUUAUCUUGUAGUUGAUUUUAUUCUUCUUAGUGCCGUUGUACAUAUUAAAGAUUUAUUUGAAAUAUUAAUAAACUGAUUUUUUUAUUUGUCAAACUAAGUCGUGGCUCAAAACUGAGAAAAAAAAUUGAAAUGCCACGGGUUUGGUUCCUCUCGACGGGUUUCUAGGAAAUAUUUAGUUCUUGAAAAUUCAAAAAAAUUAUGGACUAUUCGAAGUUUUUUUGAACGAAACAGCCUUUUUUGCGAAAAAAGAGAUUUACCCUCCCUUCAUGCUAAAUUUCUCAAUGAAAACACUGGAAAACUUUGAAAAAUGGUAGCCAAAUAGUGAUUUAUAGCAAAAACUUCCACAGCAACCGAUUUCAAACAUUUUCUUUUUAUUUUCCGGUUCGAAAUGCUCCGAAUUUCGCUGCUUCUCCUUUCUUUUAUUUUUCUAUGCCACGGUUAGCCAAUAUUCCGUUUUUCAAAACGAGAAAAAAGUGUGGAUCCAGGCUCUUACUACGCGAAAACAUACGCCACUAUAGACAUCGGUACAAAAGUCGAAACAACCAGCGAAGAGGAGUCCAAGAGUACCUGUGACAGCCGGGUGGAUUGCGUCGUGAUUUUUUUCGUACUUGAAAGAAAAACAUGCACAAGCAAAUUAAGAAUCGUUUUCCAAAACCUAAAUUUUCGAAGAUUCGAGCCCCCAAGAUUGGUGUAUGUACAAUUCACGCUUACGGAUAUUCGCGGACCCGAAAUUCCUACCUGCUAUCAUUAUGUCCGCGUGUAUAGUAUGUGUAUACCUCUUGAAGGAUGGUAGUGCGAUAUGGAAGGUAAGAAUUAAAGCGGGUCCUGAUUACGAAUAUCAAAAAGAAUCGUGAUUAUUGCGCCGGGUACGCAAGCAACGAAUCCUACGCGCGACGGUAAAAAUUGAGAAGGACAUCUUUGCGCCGGACUCCGGCGCUCAUAUUCUUUGCUUUUUUCGUCAUUUUUUUUGUUUCAUUAAUUUUUUUGAUGAAUAAUACCAUAUUUUGACUUUGACUGUUGAACUUGAAAACAUUGAAGAAAUUUUUUCGAAUGUUAAAAAACUUUUGUGGGAUCAUGAUUUUUUUUCUUUUUUUUCACUCUUGCGGGUCGAUUCAUCCAGAAAAUUGCAAAUUUAGUUGUAUAACUGUUUACUUACACUAAUUAAAAAAAAAUUUUUUUCUCGUUCGACAAAAGGUCUGAAGACCAUUUCAUUUCUUGUUAUAGUCAAAAUGUUGUAUAACUGAUCAGAAAGACGAAUUAAACAAAAAAAAUGACAAAAAAGCAAAGAAAAUGAGCACCGGAGUCCGGCGCAAAGAUGUCCUUCCCAAUUUUUACCGUCGGGCGUAGGAUCCGUUGUUUGCGUACCCCGCGCAAUAAUCGACGACUCUUUUUGAUAUUCGCAAUUAGGACCUUUAGUCUUUCAUUAGGCUUUCAUUUUUACCUUCCAUAUCGCACUACCAUCUCUUGAAGGGAUCUUGAAUAUAAUAUGUCUAUCAUGAUACCUCCAUUAUGCCUUUUAGCUAUAUCUGAGCUUUAUCAGAGGUACUUGAGAGCCUCUCAAGUCUAUCUUAUUAUGGUCAAAGUCCUCAGAGGCGUUCUCGUGAUACCAUCGUGGGAUUUCUGUCCCUUUAAUCAACCUCGGGAGUGACGCGAUACUCAAUUCGCUUGUCUAGAAAAUUUCUACAAGAAAGCUUCAAAAUGCAAAGCCCAACCGUCACAUUGGAAUUUUUACAGGGUUAUUUUGUUGAGGCAGAUUCGAAAAAUUAUAUCAUCGUCGCAAAAAGAACAGGGAUUACUAUCUCGCCGCAAACUGAAUUCGCAGCUGUUUUAUUUAUGAAAACCUCAACGACUCCAGAAAACUGUCCCGCCUCGAUCUACGACCUCGAAAUGGUAUCAAUUUCACCAAAAACUGCUUUUCUCCUGAUAUUUUUGCACAGAACUUGAGCGAACCGUACUAUGACGAGGAAGCAGGAGAGACUCGGAUAUGGUCAUGGAUGGCUGGUUCUGGUGGUUUUUGGUGGGUUUUGACAAAGCUCCUGAUGCCCCGGGGCGACCCGAGACGCCCCGCCCUGCUGAGUAGAUGA